CUCCGUGGGCGGGGGGAGUGGCACAGACACUUUUCGAGGAAGCCGAGCAUAGGUACAGGAGGAGGACGAGUACCUGUUGCCGACCCGUCCAUAAAACUCUGGACAGGGGCUAAAGAGUUCGGUGAAAGGUUAAAGGUGAAGGGAGAAAGGAUAAAACCACAACGAUGGCCGUCAACGUACUGGACUACGAUCACUUCGCCAUCAGCGCCAUUGUGGUGGGCAGUCUGCAGCUGGUCUUCUUCCUGAUCAACUCCAUGCUCCAAAUGGACAAGCUGACGGACUUUGCCGGCGGAGUUAACUUUAUCAUCAUCUCCCUGCUGACCUUCUUCCUCGGCCAAAUUGAUCGGCCCUCGAAGGCCUACGACAGUCGCCAGCUGAUGGUUACGUUCUUCGUUUGCCUGUGGGGCGCAAGGCUGUCCGGAUAUUUGCUAUAUCGCAUUAUAAAGUUGGGUCGCGACAAGCAGUUCGAGGAUACCCGCCGCAACAUCAUUCGCUACGCGGUCUUCUGGACCUUCCAGGCCGUGUGGGUGUACAUUGUGUCACUGCCUGUAAUAAUCAUCAACUCACCGCGCCACUCGCAGCCGCGUGCCCCAAAGACCAUGACCACCUUGGACUCCACGGGAACGGGUAUGUUCAUCGUGGGUUUGCUGGCGGAGACCUAUGCGGAUCUGCAGAAGUUCUCCUUCCGCCAGGAUCCGGCCAAUCAGGGCAAGUUCUGCAAUGAUGGCCUGUGGAGCGUCUCCCGGCAUCCCAACUACUUUGGGGAGGUAGUCAUCUGGUGGGGCAUCUUUGCCAUAUCGCUGAAUGUGAUCAGCGGUCACGAGUGGGUGGCGAUUGCCUCACCCAUUUUCACCACGAUGAUCAUACUUUUUUUGUCCGGGAUUCCCUUGAGGGAACGAAGUGCCGAUGAGAAGUACAAAGACCAGCUGGAGUACCGGAAGUACAAGGCCUCGACCUCGCCGCUGAUCCCAGUGCCCCCCGCCGUCUACGUGGAGGUGCCCAGUGCCCUGAAGUUCAUCCUGUGCUGCGAGUUCCCCAUCUACGACUCGAUGCGGAUCCAGAAGGACCUCAGUCCGUACUCGCUCUCGAUAGCGCGCUCCCACUCGCACAUCUAGCAGUCAGUGGCCCACUCCAGCAGCGCGGCGGCUGGCGUGGGUCAGGUGAACGCCCACUCGGGCGGUCACUCGGCGGGUCACUCGGGCGGCCAUUCGGCGGGCCACUCGCUGCACCGGGGCCAGUGCUACGGGGCCAAUGGCGGGGACGCCGAGAGCCACCAGAAUUGCGGCGGCAGCUGUCGCAACGUGCAUGUCAAGUCGAAUCCGUACCAGUGCGAGGCGGGCUACGGCCACUAUCCGGUCUGCCACACGGACGACGACACCGAUGACGGGAUCAUCUACAUGGACCGCACCCACUUCUAUCACGAGCACGAGGAGCAGCACCUGGCGAAGGCGGCGCCGGGCACCAAGUGCAGCUACCUGGCCGAGGAGGAGCUGGCCUCCGACUACGACGAGGACGUGCCGGCCAUCGAUCUCAGCAAGGCCACCAGUGUGGAGAGCUUCGGCACCCGGGUGCAGACGGAGCGGGCGGUGAAUGCCGACGGGUUACCCGUGACCGUGACCACGAUUUUGUGAUUGCCACCUUAAGAUCACUGCUCGAUCGGAUUUCGAUAAGGAUCAGAUUUUUAUAUCGCAUGUACAAUGGUGUGGAACUAUUUGCUAAAACUGAAUCGAAUCUGAAGCCAUUUAAACUGAAACAUAUCCCAAGGCAACGGCAACCCAACCAAAGGUCGAUUUACACAUACAAUAAGUACAAGAAUUGUCGCAGUGAAUUACGAUGGAGGAGGACGUUCGAUAGCCAUUGUUAUUUUAUAUACAGGAAUAUCUACUCGUAGUAGCUAAAGAGAAAUAUACCCCAUGUAUAUGUACGUUACCAAAAAUGUUCUCGAUAAGUGUACGUGUCUGUGUCUAGUUUGUGUCUCAAAUGUUAAGCAGUAUUACCUAAUGAACGAAUUGUACCUAAAUGAUUACGCUGAGUAUGGAAACUAAUAAACGGAACUAAAGAAA